UGUUGUUCCUGAUGAAGAUAAACUCGAAGUCAUGGAAGACCCAGAAAUUGAUGAAAUUUCAUUCUCUCAUUUUCACAAGUACAUUAAUACGAUGAAAAAAAUCAGUGUUAUGGCUAUUGUUAUACACAAGCUUCCAAGGAAGCAUGUUGAUUCAAAAAAUGGAAAAAUUGAUGCUGCAGAUUUUGUGUUGGUUGAUAAGCAGGCAAAACAAGUCAUUUUUACUCUUUGGGGAAAAUACUCAAAAGUAGAAGGAGUUGAGUUGGAGAAACAACUUACAAUAGGAAAUUUUCCUGUUAUUUUGGCAAAAAAUGUUGAGGUGACAAACUACAGUGGACUCUCUUUGUCAACAAGAUUUGGUUCUGUUAUUGAAUUACAUAUUGCAACACCUACAGCAGAAGAACUUUGUCAAUGGGCAUUAUCAAAUUCUGUGCGUUGCAUUCCUUGA